AUGACGACGGUUCCCAAAAAGAGAUCUCGUAGCCCAGAUUUGGCGGGAAUUUCGAAUUACAAAAGACUAAGGCUCAUCGAGGAUUUGCAGAGUUUGAGCCUUUCUGAUAAUGCUAGUAGCACUUCGAAGAGAGUUACGACAAAGGUGGUAGCGGACGAAGCAUGGAAGAAUAAUCAACAAGUCUGGAAAGUGGUUAGCGGACAAGAUAACGUGAAUAAAGAUAUAUAUGGCACCAUUUGGGACAGUAUUCGAAGCAGCAACUUGCAGGUCAUCAAGUGGUAUGACGGCGCACUGUUGGUGUAUACAAGCUGGCUGGUAUGGUUCCAGUCUCAAAACGGAGCAUCGGGAAGCAGAGAGAUGGAAGUUGACUCAGCGGAGGAUGCAGCGACGUAUCACGAAUACAAUGGGUAUGGAUACGAACCUAUGUUACUGGAUGAUUAA